ACGAGAUUGUACGAGCUGUUCCUCGAAAAGCCGAGAGGAGAUAGCUGUAUAGGUGCCUGUAGCCUAAUAGCGUGGUUCACAAUGAAAUUCUUUUUAAUGUUCGGAUGAAAUUGUCUAUUUGACGGAGGCACUGUAAACAUCCAGUCGACAUCGAUACCGCACCGCUGCAGUUUUAUGGAUGCUUCUUGGCUUCGUUCCUCCGUGGACUGAUAAUACCAAGAGUGUUGCUUCCAAGUUUUCGGUUUUGUGACAAACUAUUAAAGUGUGGUGAACUAUCGGCAUACUCUUGUCACAAUGGCGUCUGUCCCGAAGAAGUUUGGCUACCUCGUCAUUGGUGGCGGGUCUGGAGGGAUUGCUAGCGCUCGUAGAGCAGCUGAGUAUAAUGUUAAAGUCGGUUUGAUCGAAGAGGCUCGACUGGGAGGCACAUGCGUCAAUGUAGGUUGUGUUCCGAAAAAGGUCUGCUGGUACGCUGCGUGGCAAAGGGAGUUGAUGCAAAACUUCAAAGCGUAUGGCUUCGACUUUGAUUACAAAGGCUUUAAUUGGCCUUUAUUUAAGGCUAGGAGGGAUGAUUACAUCAAGCGUUUAAACGGAAUUUACCAAAGCAACUUGGGAAAGAGUGAAAUUGAAGUCAUCCAAGGACGAGCCAGGUUUCUGAACUCAAAUACUGUGAAAGUUGGCGAAAACACAUAUACUGCAGAUCAUAUACUAAUCGCCGUUGGAGGACGACCCACUAUUCCUUCAGAUGUGCCAGGCGCAGAGCUCGGUAUAGAUAGCGAUGGAUUCUUCCAGAUAGAAAAGCUGCCUCAAAAAGCCGUCAUCGCCGGUAGUGGAUACAUUGCUGUAGAAAUCGCUGGUGUGUUGAGCGCUUUGGGUGUUGAUACAACACUGGUAAUCCGCACUGAACGUCUACUUCGUGCAUUUGAUUCAAUGCUUGGAAGUCAACUAAUGGAACAGAUGCGAGCGGACGGGGUCAAGUUUGAGAUGAAUACCUCGAUUUCUCGGGUAGAUAAAGCUAGUGACGAUCGCCUAAAAGUCACCACCAAGGCCGGUAAUGUUUUGUCUGAUGUUGAUUGUCUACUAUGGGCUAUUGGUCGACAUCCCAAUGUUAAGGAUCUAGGCUUGCAGGACGUCGGUAUUAAACAAGAUAAAGAUGGUCAUAUAAGUGUUGACGAAUACCAGGAUACGUCUUUGGCCGGAGUUCAUGCGCUUGGUGACGUGUGCGGCAAGGUCCUUUUGACUCCCGUAGCCAUUGCAGCUGGUCGUAGGCUAGCUAUGCGGUUAUUCGCAGGUCAGAAUGAACUCAAAUUGGACUACAAUAAUAUUCCUACAGUCGUCUUCUCACAUCCGCCUAUAGGAACAAUAGGACUAUCGGAGGAGGAAGCAAAGCUGAGUUAUGGAGUCGACCAAGUUAAAGUUUACAGAUCGAGCUUCAAUCCUAUGUACUACGCUCUGUGCGAGAGGAAGGUCAAGACCAACAUGAAAUUGGUUUGCGUGGGCCCUGAAGAAAAGGUUGCUGGUGUGCACAUGAUCGGAGACUCCUGUGAUGAAAUUCUGCAGGGCUUUGGUGUGGCAGUUAAAAUGGGUGCUACUAAAGCACAAUUCGACAGUUGCGUGGCAAUUCACCCUACAUCUGCAGAAGAACUAGUUACUAUGCGUUGAGAGUCGAAGAUAAAUUUUUCAUCUUAUUUAAAAUACGAAUUUUUAAUAAGUAGAAUAUAAACGCGAAGUUAUGGCAAAUGAUGGUAAACGGUGUAACCCGUUACGACACGUGACAACGAUACGUGUUGAUUUAUAAUAAAUGCAUUGAUUUUACGCAAAUUUG